AUGGGAGCGUGUAUGUCAUCGCCUGAGGACGGAGGCGGGAUCGCCCUGGUCACAGAGCGAGACAGGCAACUUCACCGUCAGGCGGAGAAGGACCUGAAGGAGGCCAAAGCAAGAAUGGCUACCCAGGUCAAGGUGCUGCUGCUUGGUUCUGGCGACUCUGGCAAGAGCACGAUCCUCAAGCAGAUGCGGCUCAUCCAUUCGCGUCCCUUCAAUGCUCAUGAGAAAGAGUCGUACCGCCAACUUGUGUUUGAUAACAUGACGCGUGGGCUCAAGUACAUUAUCGAGGUCCUCCCAGAUCUCGACUUAGUACCGCCUGAAGACUUGGCGGACGACAUUGCCCUUAUCGAGGGCGCCGUCGAUGUUGGCGACGGGGAGGUGUUUCCCCCUGAAUUUAUGCAACCGUUGCAGAGGUUGUGGGAUGCAGAGGUUGUGAGGGAAGCCUGGAGGAGGGGCAACGAGGCCGCGUUACCGGAAAAUCUGCAAUACUUUUUCUCUGACCUCCCGCGAUUUUUCGACCCAGCGUACGUUCCCACCGAACAAGACAUUGUACACACACGAGCGCGGACAAUUGGAAUAACGGAGACAACUUUCAAGCUCAGAGAGCAUGAGAUGCUUAUGGUCGACGUUGGCGGGCAGAAAUCAGAACGACGGAAAUGGAUCCACUGCUUCCAGGAUGUCACCUCCAUUCUUUUCCUCGUCAGUCUCAGCGGGUAUGAUCAAUGCCUCGUCGAAGACCGGGAUGCGAACCAAAUGCAAGACGCGAUGACUAUAUGGGACUCCAUCUGCCAUUCACAGUGGUUCAAACAGACAAGCAUCAUCCUGUUCCUAAACAAAGACGACCUGUUUCAACAGAAGAUCAAGACCAGUCCUAUUCGGACCUUCUUCCCCGACUUUGACGGCGAGGAGGGCAACGCGAUUGCGGGUCGAGAAUACUUCAAGAAGCGCUUUGGACGACUGGCCCAGAAGGCGGGCAGGACAAGUGACCGACAGCGCGAAGUGUAUAUCCACACGACGACUGCGACGGAUACGGAGCUCCUGCGGGUUGUCAUGGCUGCCGUCGAAGACACGAUCGUCGCCAACAGCAUCCGCGCAUUCCUGUUAUGA